AUGGCAAAGACCUUCAACUCCAUUUGCUUCACCACUCUUCUUCUCGUUGUCGUGUUGAUUUCGGCCGAAAUCCCAAAGAGCGAGGCUCAGACUUGUAACAGGAUUAUAGGCGAAUCCAGAGCGGGGAUUCCAUGUAGGAAUCUCGAUUGUCAAGUUAGUUGCCAAGUGCAGUACCGCCUGGCAUGUAGAGGAGUGUGUGAGCGUCUUGAUGACAAUGAACUGCAUUGCAAUUGUUAUGAAACCCCGAGGAGAGAGGCUCCGACUUGUAACAGGAUUUUAGGCGAAGCCACACCGGGGAAUCCAUGUAGGAAUCUCGAUUGUCAAGUUAGUUGCCGAGUGCGGUACCGCCAGGCAUGUAGAGGAGUGUGUGAGCUUAUUGAGAAUGAACGGCAUUGCAAUUGUUAUGGUGAUUAA